UUUUGCUCCUCGACGGGACACCGGCCUGGGUCCCUGGGCCUCCCAAACGGGGAGAUCCCCGCACCUGGGCCGGAGGUGAGGCGGAAGCCGGCGAGUCAUUCGGACUGCGGGAAUUCGGACCCUCCCCUCAACGCCCUGCGCAAUGUGGAUGCGAACACCUCCCGGGACGGCCAAGCCUCAAGCAGCCUCCUUCCGGGCCCAGGGAACUGCAGGGCCACGCGGCUACUGUGGUGCAUUCUCUCCACGAAGCGCCCAUCUGGAAAGCGAAGUCUCUCCAAUCAGCGAGGUUCAAGGAGCGGAUUUACACCAGACUUCUGCUGCCCGAAAGCAUCGUGUCCCGUGGAGCCUCAUUCAGGAGCUUUAUACAAGCAUUCCCAAAGGUCUCUCUGGUGGAAAUGGAAAUGAUGUCCUCAGUGACAUUCCCGUUGUUUGAAGGUGACAAAGAGAUUGACCAAUUAUGGAAUGAGAACUAUACCCAGACAUGCCGACAUCCCCCAAGGAAGAACGCCUCUCAAAGUGCAGCACCUUUCUGCCCUCUGGAACUGCUAAUGGCACCUCCAGAUCAGGCACAUGGGUCCGUGCCUUCCUCCGGACUCAUAAGCAUUGCUAGAAACAAAGAUGAAGGUGAUGGAGUGGAAGAGACAGAGGCGGAAGGAAAGGAAAGCAAUGCGGCUGAGACGAACAGGAUGGUGGUCCACAAAACCUCCCGGAAUCAUCCUGUGAGCAAGUCCAUCAUGGAAACCUUGUGGGCAACAUUUAAAGUGAAACAUCGGGUUAGGACCCCUGAAGCAGUAAGACUGGCUGGAGAUUUGGCUAUCUCUGUUCUACAGGUUAAAGCUUGGUUCAGGAGCACCAGACGAAAACACCGGAAAAUGGCCAAGGGCCAGAGGAGGGUGACAAAGUCUAAAAUGCAAUCUGUUCUUAGGAUGAAGUCUUCCGUGAUCUGCUACAUGUGCUGCGCUUAAAACAGACUGGGAAGAGCAGUCACUUCUACCUCUCCAGCCUUGUGCCCUGACACCAGCUCUGAGGGAUUCAGGAGUCCCACUGCCUCUGAUGUUCGAGCAAAACAGUUUCAUUGACUGUUCAGAAAUGCCACCUCCUCUAAAUCCAUUGCCCUUACAUUUGCAACUGUGCUGGUGGGCUGGAAUGUUCAAGAUUCAGGUUGAGCUGAGGGAAAGAACACCCCACUGGUGGAAAGAGCAGAACCAGAUUCCAGUUCUUCGUCUACCUCAUACCUGUUGCCUGAUGUUGAAAAAGUCCCUUACUGUCUCUCUCCCUGUUGCUCCAUCUGCAUAUUGAGGACAAGAGUCCUGUUCUUUCUGCGAAGUCCGGCUCCCUCCCCACCUGCGGUGUUUUUCAUUCUCCUGGAGAGGAGCUGGCCGAGUCCUGGCUGCAGAUGCCUAAACCGGGGCUGCCCCUUUAGCAGAGGUCAGAUCGAAGUUCAACUAUACACGUUUCAGUUUCAGAGGAAACCAAGUGAGCCCCUGCGUUCUACCUGGAUUCCUUACUCCCAUAGCUAACGGAACCUCUCUCCUCUCUCUUCCCCAGUGCCACUGUCCGCUAGCCAUAACGGACGAUCUAGCAAUCCAAACGCCAAAAACAUCAAACAUAAGCCAUUGUGACAUAGGCGGGCUUUGUCAUAUUGUCUUGAAGGAUUCCACCUGAAUAAAGUUUCACGGUGAAGAAUUUA